AAUCCUGAAAUUCGUGGACGAUUUCAGGCAUCCGCGAUGGCUUUAAACGUUUCGCUCAGUGCCUUCCAAUCGAUCGUAGUGUCCGAGGUGAAGGCAAAGCAGACGGCAUCCGUUGCCAUCUCGACCGACAUCCUGGACGACUUAGCCAGCCGCUUCAUCAUCAACGUACCGGUAGAGGAGCGCGAGAACCUGAUACGGAUCUGCUUCCAGGUCGAGCUGGCCCACUGGUUCUACCUCGAUUUCUAUUGCUCGGAGAACAAGCAAAAGUGUGGCAUCAAACAGUUUGCGCAGCAAAUUUUCAAGCAUGUUCCAUUCCUACAACCACACUGGCCACAGGUAGAUGAGGUGUUGGAAAACUGGAAGCAGUACAAGCUGACGGUACCGACGUACGGUGCGAUCCUGCUGUCGGAGGACCUGAAGCACGUCCUGCUGGUACAAUCAUUCUGGGCGAAAUCUUCGUGGGGCUUUCCGAAGGGGAAAAUCAACGAGCACGAGGAACCGGAACACUGUGCCAUCCGGGAGGUGUACGAGGAGACGGGAUACGAUAUUAAGAACCUCAUCAAGCCCUCCGAGUACAUCGAGAUGACGAUCAACUACCAGUAUACGCGCCUGUACCUGGUUCCCGGUGUACCAUUGACGACGGUGUUCGAACCAAAGACCCGGAACGAGAUCAAAUGUUGCGCGUGGUUCCCCGUCGAGCAGCUGCCAGUGACGAAGCACGAGAACCUCGUCAAAGAUAAUCAGAACUUUUCCGGCAACUCGUUCUUCAUGAUACUGCCGUUCGUGAAGCGGCUAAAGAGGUGGAUCGAGAAGCCCGGAAAGGGUAGCAAGGCAGCCGGUAAGGGUGGCAUCCAUCUGCAGGCCACCAAUUCGCCCGUGCUCGGAGGUCCGGGAAAACAGAAAAUCUUCUUCGAAAACAAUCUAAACAAUGGCGGUGGUGGAAGCGGUAGCAAGAACCAGUCGGGCAGCCAACAGCCCCUUCAGCAACAAGGGCAACGCGCUAGGCAAAGGCAUAAAUCGAUGGGAGAAAUUGAACCACACAAUGCGGGAUCCCGUGCUAAAAAUACAUUUGGCACUCCAACGGUCAACCAGAUUCAACAGCCACACCAACACCAGCAGCAGCAGAGUGUUCCGAAUCAACCGUUCUACAAAAACAGUCCAAACUACAGUCAGCAGCAACAACAGCUACCGAACAUGGAUCUGAGCCGGUCCGUGCGUGCAACUAGCGUUACCGGGGAUGGAGGAUACCAAGAUUUCUCGGCCGGUAUCGUAGAAGGAUCGUCGGCUUGGUCGAAGAAGAGCUUGAAAAAGGCCGAUAACUCGCUGACUGUGUCUGGCGGAUCGGCCCCGGGAACCGGGCAUAGCGCUGAGCGGGCCGGGAAGAAUCAAACGAAAAGAAAACUCUUCGAUAACUUUCCACCCAGCACCGACGAACAUUCCGCCAGUGGUGGUCAUGGGGCUAAAGACGACGCUUUCGCCGAGUUCGACAAGAUCGAAGCGUGGGUUUCGUUCCGGCUGGAUUAUAGUAAAUUCCUCUAGGAAUUUUGGUUUAUCAAAAAGGCGAACAUUGGCGAACAAAUUGGGAUUUUACCCAUAAACGAUAAAUUUUAUUUCUUUGGCAAAUAAAAAGAUUCACAAAUGA